AGCCUCUGUGAUGCAAAUCCCCCGGUAGACUCCGCGAUGAAUCCAUAUCGCCCUCCUUGGGCUCUCCCGCGGCUUCUAUGCUUCAUCAGAACUGCAACGUACUCCUCCGCCGCCGUUACUGCUCCGACCACCGCCUCAAACUCUAGCUUUCCCCUCAAGAAUGUGACCAAGUUGAACUUCGAAGCUGCGCUAUCUGAACUUCGGGACCAUGUCCGAGCUGCGGACUUCGUUGCCAUCGACCUCGAAAUGACCGGAAUCACCAGCGCCCCUUGGCGCGAAUCCUUCGAGUUCGAUCGCUUCGAUAUUCGCUACCUCAAGGUCAAGGACUCUGCCGAGAAGUUCGCUGUUGUUCAAUUCGGCGUCUGCCCAUUCCGCUGGGACUCUGCCAAAAACUCAUUCGUCGCUCACCCGCAUAACUUUUUUGUUUUCCCACGCCAUGAAAUUCAAGUUGAUGGUCAUUCUUCCGAGUUCCUCUGCCAGACAGCCUCCAUGGAAUUCUUGGCUAAAUACCAGUUUGAUUUCAACACUUGCAUACAUGAAGGAAUAUCUUAUUUGUCCAGAGCACAAGAAGAUGCAGCACGUAAACGCCUGAAUUUUGCAUACAGGGAUGAAAUGUCAGAUGCAUCUUCUAAGGUGACUAAUAUUAAGGAUAAGAAGAGAAUUGGCAUUGCUGAUGUUUUAUUCAAGGAAAGAAUGAAAAACAGAUUACGUGAAUGGCGGGACAGAUUACUAUCUGAAAGAAACAUGGAGUUUCAAGCCCAGGAAGGCUCAAAUGAUUACAAACGACAAUUUCAAACAAUUUUCUUCAAGAUGCGUCCUGCUCUUACUUUGAGUGAUUUCACCUCUCAUCAGACAAGAUUGAUUCGGCUGGUAAUUAAGAAGCAUUUUGAGGAUCUCUGUUUUGUUGUCGUGGAUGAUGGUGAUGCUAAUCUACAACACUUAGUCGUGUACGUGGAUUCUAGAGACGAUAAAGAGCUGCUCAUGCAAGAGGUAAACAGCGAUCAGAAGGAAGCAGCUGAAAUGAAGAUCCAAUCUGCAAUUGGGUUUCGUCAUGUUAUUGAUCUCCUUUCAUCGGAAAAGAAGUUGAUCAUUGGUCAUAAUUGCUUCCUUGAUAUUGCUCACAUACACACAAAAUUUAUAGGCUCUCUUCCUUCAACUGCUGAGGAAUUUGUCUCUUCUAUUGGAGAACAUUUUCCAUACAUCAUGGAUACCAAAAUUCUUUUAAAUGGUGAUAACAUUCUUCAACUACGGAUGAAGAAGUCCAGCACAUCUCUAUCCUCUGCAUUUGGCUUAUUAUGCCCGCAUCUUGCCUCUAGCUUUCAGAGGUAUCCUACCUUCAAAUCUGGUGUGCAAGUCGAGGUUCAAGUAGAUGAUUUGAGAUCCUCCAACUGGAACUCUGGAGAUAAACAUGAAGCUGGGUACGAUGCUUUUAUGACAGGAUGUGUAUUUGCUCAAGCAUGUAAUCUUAUAGGAAUUGAUUUUGCACUUCGUUCACCUUCUGAAAAUUUGGUUGACAACGAGAAAUUGCAGCAGCACGUCAACCAUCUGUAUUUGAGUUGGGCCAGUGGAGAUAUUAUUGAUCUGAGCACCGGUAAACGAGUGACUGGGUCUUUGAGGUCUAAUACAUCGAAAAAGCAUCAAGCAAAUAUAUUGUUCGAGAACAUUGUUCUGAUCUGGGGAUUUCCCACCAAAUUUAAUGCAAGGAAGAUCGAAGACUGCAUGUAUAAAGCCUUUGGCGUGAUGAACGUCGUUAGUGUCUACCAUUUAGAUGAAAGUGCUAUGUUUGUGCAGUUUGCAAAGCCAGAAAUGGUUUCCGAAUUUCUCAACCUAAAGGAGAACUUGGAGAGGCACGAUGAUCCAAUAUCAGUUUUGCAUCCUCUCACCGAACUUUUUGAAGCUAGGACUACUCAUGCUGCAGGCUAUGAAGCAUACAAGAAAAUUUGCAGCUCUCCCAUUUCUAAACUCUUGUUUGCCGAUCAGGCAGAGGCAGUUGGGAUUAACUGUAAGACGGCGUCGAUAAAAUCUGAGGCAGAAAAGAGCCAAAUGCAUGAAGCCACAACAUGUUGAAUGAAACUACUGAAAUACAGGGGAAGGGGAUGGGAGCAAAUGAUCUAAGCAACAGCACUGACUACCAUAGUUUACUGAAAAUGUAUGGAUUUUUUGUUUUUCAAUGUAAACUCACUCGAAACACUAAAAUUGUAUCGAUUUUUUUUUAUUUUGCAAAUUGGCAUUGUAUAUUGUA